UUUCGACAUACCUACCAAUUCGACGCAUGAAUCACGACGCAAUGAACAGCAUCAGCUGCGAGUGUAAGCAGCACGAGGGUCAGCCGGUAGCGUGCUGUGGUGAUUUCGUGUGUCCCAACGAGACGGCGGAGUCUAGCGAUAGUCAAAAAAUCGAUGAUCGGAUUGCAUGCCCCGAUUCUGAAACCGCAACUCUCGAGGGCAAAUCCCGCGUCAAUGCCAUUCGACGGAUAUUUGAGGGCAACACCGUCGGAACUGGCGCUCAUCUUGAAAACAUCACAACCAAUAGUCAGCCAGAGUCACCAGCUAUUCUCCUACAGCAUAAAAAUGAUGACAAUGAGCGAAUUGCUUUGAAAGGUGACACUGCAAACAAGUCCACGACGCCAGUAGACACACAGCUAUUCGAGCAUGAAGCUGCCCGAUUCUACCGAAGCCACACCCAGAUAGUGAACAUACCGAAUGGGAUAAAGAUCAUCACGAUGAUCCUAGUCGAUGAUAACCUUGGACCGGAAGAGCCUUGCGCGUACGAGACGAUGAUCUGCCCCGAAAGCGAAAUCAUCCGACAGUUUGAGCGAGAUUUCCGUCGGAUCGAUAGGAAAAGCUAAGUGUUUUCGGUUAUCGUGAUCAAUAAAUACACACCUU